AUAGCAAAAAUCUAAUGACGUCAAAAAGCGUCAGAAAACGGAGGGUCAAAAGUCCCCCCGCUCGUUGCCUUCGCCCACAGAAGGCACCGCCAACUCUCUCUCUCUGUCUCUCGGCGACAGCUCUCGUUCUUCCGGGUUCCUCUCCUGGGCCUCGUCUCAGUCUCCUAUAGGUUGCAGCCAUGCUUUUGGACUUCAGUAACUGGAGGUGACAGAAAAUCAAGGAUGUUAAGAUGUACUUGUGAUAUACCAACUAAGCAACUCCUGACAUAGAUGGAUAAAGUGAAUGCAGGGCAGUCUUAUGAUCGUAAGGAUUGUGGUGGGAAGUAUAUAUUGAUAAAUGAUGAAGAGGACCCACGGUUGGCUAUGUUUGACAAGCCCCUCCCAUGCUGCGGCUGUGGAAUAGGAUGGUGUUCUUUGCUUUUGGGAUUUGUAUGCCCGUUGAUAUGGUACUGUGCUGCAAUUCUGUACUUGUGCAGCUACUACCACAGAGAUCCACGAGAGCGAUCUGGCCUUGCUGCUAAUGCAAUUGCUGCACUGGUCUGUACAAUUGUGACUUUCAUCACCCUGGCUGUCAUCUUCCUCUAGUUCAGGUCUUCGUGCUACACGUUCAGGUCUACAUGCAGCAAAGUUGGCAGCCAGAGAAUACUUAUGAACCUUUAUCUAGCGAGCUCGGUGAGGGAAGCAUGAUGAUGAAUGAUUUUAAUGUUCAAAAUUGCUCACCAGUUCUUUAUCUUGUGACGCUAUGACAAAGUCAUCUGUAUGAUAAACCACGACAGACAUUUGCAGUUAAUCGGUAAACUUAUCUGUUCACUUUAA